GAAAGCACCUGGCCAAACAAUUGAAGAAUGCCUUAUGAAGGGAAAAUCAGAGGCUGAAUGCCACAACUUCGUCAGAGUAGCCGCAAAACUCCAAAAUGGACGUAUUCUCCUUUGUGGAACACAUGCUUUUUCUCCACAAUGUCGUGAAUAUGAAUUUAUUCAAUCUGAAGAUAGAUUUGCUGAGAGAGGACAAUUUAAUGGACAAGCAAUUUCUCCUUAUGAUCCUCUUCAAAAUUCUUCUUAUGUUUAUUUACCUGAACGGAAUGAUAUUUUUGUUGGAGCAAUAUCUGACUUUAGUGCUACAGAUCCUCUUAUUUAUAGGCGAAGAUUGUCAGGUGGUGAUAGUUUACGAACACAAAAAGAUGACAGAGUUAUUGAUGAACCUAAUUUUGUUGGAUCAUUCUCUUAUGGGGAUUAUGUUUAUUUUUGGUAUAGAGAGAAAGCCUCAGAUGCUCUCGACAACAAUAGAGAAACACAAAUAUAUUCAAGAGUUGGAAGAGUUUGUGCUAAUGAUCCUGGGGGUCCUUCCCCGGCACAAGAUAGAUGGUCGAGCUUUUUAAAGUUGAGAUUAAAUUGUUCUGUUCCCGGUGAUGGAGAUAUUUCUCCUUUUUAUUUUAAUGAAAUACAGUCAAUAUCUGAUCCAAUUCCUUAUGGAGGAAAUUCUGGGGAUGCUUUAGUUUAUGCUAUUUUUCAAACUAGUCGAUCAUUACCAAUGUCAGCAGUCUGCGCUUUUCGAAUGAGCCAAAUUGAUUCGGUUUUUGAUCAUGGGAGAUUUAAGACCCAAAGAUCUCCAACCUCUUUAUGGACUCCGUCACAAAAAUUUUAUUCAAAUCCUUCUGAAAGACCAGGACAGUGUGGACCAGAUGCUUCUAAUAAACUUUCAGAUAUGGCUCCAAUUAGCAAGAAUCCUCUUAUGUAUGAGACAGUUUCAACUAUUGGAAAUAGUCCUUUGCUUGUUGAGGGUCCAAAUCGUGCUGAUUUAACAUCAAUUGCAGUUACAGCAGAUGCCCUUUCUAUUCGCCGACAGAAGCAUAAUGCUAUAUUUUUAAUAGAUUUAUCCCAAAAUGGAACAGCUGUUCUUGUUGAGACAAUUAAAGUAUUUCCAUUACUUACACCAAUUAUUGGAAUUCGUUUAUUGCCCAAUACUUCAAAUAAUAAUAUCCCUUCAUUAAUUGUUUCUUCGCUUUCUCAAGUAGCCAAUAUUCCUUUACAACAUUGUUCAUUGGCAGAAAAUUGUGGACGUUGUGUUGCCUUAAGAGAUCCGCAUUGUGCUUGGGACAUUGAAUUACGGCGCUGUGUUAAUAGAAAAGAUUGGAAUAGCGGUUCCUAUGUUCAGAAUGUUCUUUUGGGUGUAUCAGAACAAUGUCCAGGAUUUACAAGUAUUUUGGGAAAUGCAGAGGGUGGAGCUGCUUAUGUAAUAGAUGAAGAUGUUCUUGGCGGUGGUGGACUACAAAAUUUGUCUCCAUUAAAUAACAGACUUAAUGACCCUUUAUCUGAUGAUUCUGAUGCUGCACAUAUUGCAGAACCAACACAAAGAGGAAUUGAUUUGGCAGGAUUAUAUUCAACUGGAAGUCUUUCAGUUCUUGUUUUGCUUGUUUUGGUUGCUACUUUGUUUGGUUUUGUUAUUGGUUGGCGUAUAGCUAAAUGGAGAACUUUGAGCGAAUUUACACGUAAUAAUCCUGCUUCCUCAGGUGCAAGUACUUCUUCUAACAGUUCUGAUUAUGCAGACGGUACAGACGGAAGUGCGAGAGCUAGACUGGCAAGGCAGGAUUCAACUGAACAGAAAAUGAUGAUGUUGGCUGGAAAUAAUGUUUAUUCAGUUGGCCCUCGUAGUUGUGUCUGUAAUGGAGGGGAUACAGUUAGUUUAGUAAUGAGCCAAAGAGGAGGUGUCCAUCAUUUAGUUCCCCUUACUUCAAUCUCAACAGGAGCAUCUAGAGCCAAUUCUGGUUUUGCAACACCAAGGCAUGAUGCUAGGUGCCAAACAGCUAGUUUAGGUUCUACACUUCCGAGGGAUUAUAGAAUAAGAAAAGUUUAUUUAUAA